AGAAAUAAAAACCCAAACAUAGCAAGUCUUUUAUAAGUCCAGUCAUUUCAAUUUACUAGAAGAGAAAAACUCACAACAACGCGUUUUGGUUUUGGGACUGGGGCUGGGGCCUGGGGGUCGGUCACCAAUCCCAAAUGAUCUUCUCCAACAACAACCAAGAAGCCACCGUGCCGUCCUCACCCCGCCAAAACUAAAACCUCCUCUUCUCUCUCUGCUUUGGCUAUAAACUAGAACUAAAGCUCAAAGUUUCAAUUUUUUUAUAACUUAGUUUUUGUGUCAAUUCUUUGAUAAUUCUGAUCAUUCGAGAGUUAAAACGAACAUGGGUUGCUGUUCCAGCCAACACGCCGAUUCUAAAGCCAGUAGAAUUUCUCGUUGGCGAUCCACCGGUAUUGUUGCUUUGCGUGACGCUAAAUUGAAGACUUUCCCAGAUGAGGUACUUGAUUUGGACAAAUCUGUGCGCACGCUUGAUUUAACUCACAAUAAAAUAGUUGAUAUUCCUAUGGAGAUUAGCAAAUUGGUUAACAUGCAACGCCUGGUCUUGGCUGAUAAUAUCAUCGAGCGACUACCAAUGAACUUGGGAAAGCUGCAAUCUUUAAAAGUUAUGAUACUUGAUGGGAAUCAACUUACUUCUUUGCCUGAUGAAUUGGGACAGCUGGUGAGGCUUGAGAAGUUGUCCAUCUCAGGAAAUAUGUUAACAAGCUUGCCUGAAACCAUUGGGAGCUUGCGCAAUUUAUCCCUCUUAAAUGUUUCAAAUAACAAAUUAAAGACUCUUCCAGAAUCAAUUGGGAGCUGCUUCUCAUUGGAAGAAUUACAAGCAAAUGAUAAUUUCGUUGAAGACCUUCCUGCAUCAGUAUGCAAUCUUGUUCACCUGAAGUCACUUUCCUUAAACAACAAUAGUGUGAGCCAGAUCCCUUCAAAUCUAUUGAAAGACUGCAAAGCGCUCCAGAAUAUUUCCCUGCAUGACAAUCCAAUUUCUAUGGAUCAAUUUCAGCAGAUGGAAGGAUUUCAAGAGUUUGAAGCGAGAAGAAAGAAGAAGUUUGACAAACAAAUUGAUUCAAAUGUGAUGAUCAGUUCGAAAGGGCUUGACGAGGGCAUUGAUCUAUGACAAUACUCUGUCACACACCUUGCAUGAAAUGCACAUUGCAAAACAGAGCCGAAUUUGGACUGCUUGAUGCUGCCAUGCUGAAUGCAAGGAAUCAGAUUUGGAUCUGCAUAGCUGUGAAUUCUGAGUAGCUCUACAUCAGACCAAUAUUUUUUCUGAAUAUUCUGCACAUAGGAAAUAAAAUAGAAUCUGAACUGAUAGUCUCUUUGUCCUUGUAAAUGUCAACAAUAGAUGUUUUCGACAGUUAUUUAACUGUCUCCUAUAUUCUGUUGGCGGUUCCUUAUAAACUACAGGCUAAGGUUAAUUGGUUGAGCUGGUUAUGCAAAAUACAGAGUUAUGACAGAGUUGAGAGAUGAACCGAAACCUUCUUCGACCUUUUUCAGAAGGAUAGGUGAAAAAUGCUGUGCAGUCACGUGUUUUUGCUGCCAAAAUGAGCUCCUGUAUAAGAUUUUUUUUUUUGAGUGCAAUCCACAUAAGUUUUAGACUAUUGUAUAAGCUUCUGUUUAUCCAAUUUUUAUCAUACAUUGAGAAACAAGAUAACCAAUUGAA